UUGCUUGAUCGACCGAGAAAACCAAGAACCGGAGAAAAGCUGAAAGAGCUAAAUGGAAACUGCCCUUUCCAUUAUAAUUGUUUUUCAACAAAGAAUCAAUUCAACACCAUAAAAACUGCUCCUUUUUCUCUCUCUCUCUCUUCCUUCUCUCUCCUCUCUCAUGCGUUUCUGUAUGUACCAACUCUCGCAACUCCCCCUCCUUCCUUCUUCUUCUUCUUCUUCCUAAGCUCCCUCUGUUCCUACGGGGCGAGAGAGAAUAGGAGACGGGCGUAGAGAGAGAGACGGAAUGUCGUCUGGCUUCUCCGGCGGUAGCGGCGGCGGCGGCGGCGGGGGGCCGGAGUUCUACACCGCCGGCGGCGGGAUCAGCGCCAGAUCUAUCGCCAGCGCCUUGGGCUCCGUCAACGGCAGCGCCGCCUCGCAGUCCCCCUUCCGAUCGCAGCCGCAGUUCGCCGGAAUCUUCCUCGAGCCUUCCUCCCAGAUGGCGCCGCAGCCGGCGCAGACGCCGCCGGGCCUCAUCGGCAAGCGGACGCUCAUGGAGUUCCAGGCUCAGCAGCAGCAGCAGCAGCACCAGGCCCUGAACAGCCUCCUGUGGCGCUCUGUGAGGUCGAAGAUCUCUCAGCAGUCCUCGCCGUUUUCGCACCUGGACUUCUCCGCCGCUGUUUCUUCUCCCGACGUAAUGUCUAGCUUAUCGGCGCUGUCUUCGCCGGCGAGCUUCUCCGCGCAAAGGUACGGUGCUCCUCUCCUUCAGCAGCUCAGGCCACAGCCCAUUGCUCUCGGUAACGGGGCGAUCCACGUGAGUAAUCAAGCUCUGGCGGGAGUUUCGUUCGCGAACGUGCUCCAGAACAGAGUGAAUCCUAACCAAGCCGAGCCGGAGAACAAGAUGAUGAAUCGUCUGCAGGAGCUCGAAAAGCAGCUCUUGGACGACGAGGAGGACGGGGACGGGGACGCCGUCUCCGUGAUUACUAACGCUAACAGCGAGUGGUCCGAGACAAUUCAGAGUCUCAUAAGUCCGGGUCAGAAGCAGAUAUCUCCGUCGCCGACCUCGUCUUCUUCGUCGUCCUCGCCUUCGUCUUCGUUGUCCGUGCCGUCGCCGGUAUCCAUCUGCUCGAAGCAGUCGCUAAUGGAGGCUGCGACGGCGAUAUACGAGGGCAAAGCAGACGUUGCUUCGGAGAUCCUGGCGCGCUUGUCUGCCGUGCCGAACCCCAAAGGUAAUUCAGAGCAGAAAUUGAUGGAUUACAUGUUGUCUGCGCUCAAAUCGCGCGUGAGCCCCGUCGAGAACCCACCUCCCGUGGCCGAGUUGUUCGCCAAGGACCACGUGUCGUCGACUCACUCACUCUACGAUCUGUCUCCUUGUUUCAAGCUCGGUUUCAUGGCUGCCAAUCUCGCGAUUUUGGAAGCUGCAUCGGAGCAACCCACCACGAACAAGCUCCAUGUAAUUGAUUUCGAUGUUGGUCAGGAAGGACAGUACCUCAAUCUCCUCCACGCGCUGUCCGCGCGUCAGGCGGGCAAUCAAUCCACCCUCAAGAUCACGACGCUCGCAGAUAACUUCAACGGCGAGGAGAGGCUCAGGAUGGUCGAGGAUAGACUAAGGGACAUCGCGGCCAAGAUGGGAGUGAGGUUCGAAUUCAACAUCGUGAGCCAGAAGCCGAGCGAGCUGAGCCGCGACUCGCUGGGGUGCGAGCCCAACGAGGUGCUGGCGGUGAACUUCGCGUUCAAGCUGUACAGAAUGCCGGACGAGAGCGUGUCCGUGGAGAACCCGCGGGACGAGCUCCUCCGGCGCGUGAAGGGCCUGGCGCCGCGGGUGGUGACGCUGGUGGAGCAGGAGAUGAACGGGAACACGGCGCCGUUCGCGAUGCGGGUCGGGGAGGCGCUCGGUUACUACGGGGCGCUGCUCGACUCGAUCGAGUCCACGGUGGCGAGGGACAGCCCGGAGCGAGCGAGGGUGGAGGAGGGGCUGAGUCGGAAAUUGGGGAACUCGGUUGCUUGCGAAGGCCGGGACCGGGUGGAGAGAUGCGAGGUGUUCGGGAAGUGGAGGGCCCGCAUGGGGAUGGCCGGGUUCGAGCCGAAGCCACUGAGUCAACACGUGGCCGAAUCGAUGAACGCGAGGCUCAUCAGUGGGAACCGGGUCAACCCGGGAUUCACGGUGAAAGAAGAGAAUGGUGGGGUUUGCUUCGGCUGGCUCGGCCGAACUCUCACCGUCGCAUCCGCUUGGCGUUGAGCUCCACUCGCUCCCGAAAAGUAUUAACCAAAUUGAUAUGCGUAUGUGGUAUGUUAUGUGCUAUGGAUGGUGAUGGAGAUGGAGAUGGUGAUGGCGAUGGCGAUGGCGAUGGCGAUGGCGGUGAUGAUGAUAUGAUAUCUAUAAUGUAUUGUUUUUCAAGUGCUUUUUUUUUUUUCCUGAGAAAAUGGGAAAAAGGAAAAGAGGAGGAGGAGGAGGAAGAAGAAGAAAGAGAGAAUCCCAUUCCCCCACCCGAGCAAAUUGAGUAAUAAAAAGAGAUGUUUGGAUUUGAGGAAAAGAAAAUUCCCGUGCGUUGCAUUCAA